CGCCUCUGUAAUUUCUAAAACUAGGGUUUCGUUUUUCUUUGCGAAGAAGAAGAAAAACAAUGGUGAAAAGAGGAGGGACGAAGAGGAAGGCUGUGCUAAAGAAGAUUGAGGAUAAGAACUCAAAGGCUGUAACUUUCAGUAAACGCAGAGAAGGUCUGUACAGCAAAGCCGCACAGCUCUGUGUUAUGGGCGAGGCUCAGAUCGCGAUCUUAGCGACUCCUUCUUCUUCCAACUCCAACGUCCCUUUCUUCUCCUUCGGUCACUCUUCCGUCGAUUCGCUGGUCUCUGCGUAUCUCUCCGGUCAAAGACCAGUUCGUGUCCCUGAAGAAAGCAAAAAGAUGAGGGAGGACAUAGGAAUAUGCAUGGCUCGGAAGGAGCUAGGGCUUAGUAAUUGGUGGGAGAAGAAAGAGCUUGCGAUGAGUAAGAGCCUUGAAGAAAUCAUGCAAGCUAUGGAGUCCAUGGAGAUACUGAUGAGGGAUGCAGAUCGGUUGCUUGAUGAGGACGCCUUUGGUUUUAGUCAAAGAGAAGGUGAGAAGAAGAAGAAGGACGACAGCAACGAUGUUGUUCUCCAACAACACCACGGAACUGGUAAAACCCUAAUCGAUGUUGAUGAUGAUGAUUUACUACCUCAAACCCUAAUCACUUCAGAGGAUGAUCAGAUCAUCUCUGUUUGUGACAGUUUCUUCAACUAUAACAACGACAAGAACGCUGCUGCUUUAUCAGCAACUCAUGCUGAGGAAAAUACUGAAGAGUGGAGCGAUAUGGACUUUGAGCAACUCCUCAGUGGUUUUGAAGAAGAAGAUGAUGAUGAUCAUCAUCAUCAGAUUGAGGCGGUUUCUGAAAACUCUUGCAGCAACAUGAACAACAAUGCUCAAAACCUGUUUGAUCUUGAUUUGGCUAAUGUUGAAUUGGAUACAAUUUUUGAAGGUUUGGCCACCCUUGAUGCUGAGCUUGUGGCUUCUCUACUCAUGUGAUGAUUUACUAGGUAGUAAGUACUGAUGUUUAGUUCGUAUGUAAUUUGAGAAGAGUCCUGUUUGAUCUUGCAUCAGUUUCCUUCUUUUUCUCAGAUAAGAGAAAACUGAUGCAACUCAAACAGGUUCAACUUCAGUAAUGAUAAAAAUUUGUAUUAUUCUCUAGUUCAAUAUUUG